AGGAUCAAAAUGAUAUCUCAACUUUUUUAAAUUUUAGUUUUUUUUUUAUUUCACUUAGGGUGACAUCCAUUUAAUAAUACAGUAAGUGGUAUUGUAAUUAAAGCAUAAGUUAGGGAUCAAACUUCUUAACUCGAGUAAACCAUAUUAAAAUUCGGAAGAAUAAUGCAUAGUUAUGAAAAAAUUUCUCGUACUAGAGUAUUUUAUAGCGCACCAAAUUAUAAUUUAAAAAUGAAGUAGAGUCAUUAUAAAUAUAUAAUAUGGGUGAAAUUGUUUUAAUGCAACAACUAUGUGAUUGGACAAUUAAAUGGGUCACCUUAAAGAAAAUGCAUCCACCCACCCUAUGUAUAUAUAAUUUUGAAAUAUAAUAAUUGUUACUACAAAAUGAAUUUUGUAUUGGACUCAAUUUCUGAACUAACGAUGAAAAAGAAAAUUAGUUACAAGUGAACCAUUUUCAGCCACUGUCUUCGUCGAUACUCGCCGUUGUACAAACAUUGCGCGCCUUAUUUCGCCGGAGAAAGAAAAAAUAAAAAAUAAAAUACAACCUGCGCGCGUUUGUUCAUACUCGUAAGUAUCAACCGUGUCGAUACUCAAAAUACCCGAUUCUUUGUGUUUAUGAUCAUCAAAUUCGUUGCCACUGCCCCAGUUGGUUAAUCAUACACUCUAAUUGUAUCCUAUUUGCUUCUCCGAUUCUAAUUUAUCGAGCUUUUUCGACCUUCAAUGCCGAUCUCUGGGUUUCGAUCUCUUCUAUGGUGGAGUAAAUGGUCCAAGAAAGACUGGGCCAUUGCAGUAAUCUGUUUCGCUUUCAUCUUUUUCGUUUUCUCCUUCUUCUCCGAUUCUUGGCAUGCUGAAGACAGUGGCAUCAACCACACUUUCGAUCUCAAUCCCGCCAACGACCCCGAUUUGGUUGACCUCACUUUGCUGCAAAAUGCCAAAGCAAAAGGCGCUCUAUGUCUUGAUGGGAGUUUGCCUGGUUACCAUUUUCAGAAAGGCUUCGGGUCUGGUUCUAGCAACUGGGUUCUUCACAUUGAGGGUGGAGGAUGGUGUGAUACAGUCUCGUCCUGUUCUUUGCGUAAAAUGACCCCGUUAGGUUCAUCAGAUUACAUGGAGCGUCGUGUUCUUUUCUCUGGAAUUUUAAGUAGUGAUGCAUCACAAAAUCCUGAUUUCUAUAAUUGGAACAAGAUCAAGAUACGUUACUGUGAUGGAGCUUCGUUUGCAGGCCAUCCUGUGGGUGAAACAAAGGUACAACAGAUUCAAAAUGGAAAUAUACUUCAUUUCAGAGGCCAGCUCAUCUGGGAAGCGCUUAUGGAUGAACUCUUAUCUGUUGGCUUGUCCAAGGCAAGACAGGCUCUUCUUUCAGGGUGCUCUGCUGGGGGCUUGGCUACCCUUAUUCAUUGUGAUGACUUCAGAGAGCUUUUACCGAAGGAUGCAACUGUCAAGUGUCUAGCCGAUGCUGGAUUUUUCCUUGACGAGAAAGAUGUUUCGGGAAAUCAUACAAUGAGAUCUUUCUAUCACCAUGUUUUCAACCUUCAGAGAACUGGUAAAAGUUUACCCAAGGAUUGUACAUCUACAGACGAGCCAUCUAAGUGUCUCUUUCCUCAAGAAAUUAUCAAACAUAUAAGCACCCCGUUGUUUAUUGUCAACCCAGUUUAUGAUUUUUGGCAGAUACAAAAUGUCUUGGUGCCAAACGCAUUGGCUCGUACUGGCUCUUGGCAGAAAUGUAGGCUUAAUAUUCAUAAAUGUGAUCAUGCUGAGCUUGAAAUUCUUCAAGGGUUCCGGGACUCUUUGCUGAAGGCACUGGAUGAAUUCAAGCACAACAAGGAAGGAGGACUUUUUGUAAAUUCUUGCUUCAUCCAUUGCCAAACAUGGAUGUCUGAGACAUGGCAUUCCCCCAAUUCUCCAAGGAUAAAUAAGAGGACUAUAGCAGAGGCCGUGGGUGAUUGGUACUUCAAACGGAGUUCAGUGAAGCUAAUUGAUUGCCCUUUUCCAUGCAAUCCUACCUGCAUUCAUAUGGAUUUUAGCCGAGGUUAGCAUAUUGGAAUCAAGAACUGCUUCAGUGUUUUCUGUUGCCAUUCAUCUGCAAUGUCUUAAGGUUUUAGGGGAUAAACAUCUUUGUCCUUGUCCGAAAGCUGGUCUCCAGAAACAGAAACAGAGGUAUUAUACACGAUCACUUUCUAGGGGAAGAUUUUAUUUUAGUUUGCUCCUAAAAGCUAAAAUUAGCAGAGGACUCUUGGUUUCUCUGGAGGCCUUAUGCUUACUUCGUCCUUACCUUUUCUAUAGAUCAUUGAUCACUUCCAAUAUGGAUUUUUUAAAAAAUUUGUUUUAGAAUCUUUAGAUUACAGGCGUCUAUUCUUCUUUUUUUAUUUUUUAUUUUUUUGCUUUUUUAGUUGAUAGGCUUUUCCCUCCACGUUUUGUACAUUAUCUUAAAGUUUUAUUGCCCCACCAAGUAUGAAUAUUGUAACUUGAUAACUAGACCUGUAUUAUCAUUCUUUGUAGCCCUUGAUGUUAUUAGAUUCUUACGUGCUCCGAGUCAGCCAUAAAUGUGCAAGUGGGUUUUGAAUGCUGAUUAUUUUGAAAA